UAAAUGACAUUAGUGUUUUACAGUUGGCCAACAGAAUCAGUACUUUGUAACUGGCUUUCAAAAAUAGGUCUCUUCUAACAAAUUUUAAGUAGACAAAAAUGGCUGAAAAGCAGAAGCUCCUCCAUCGGUACAUGAAGAACCUCAGCGACAUGGAGGAUGAGCUGAAGAAAAAGGAGCUGGAGAAGAAGAUGAAGGAGCUGGAGUUGCUGCAGUGCGAGCUGGCUCGUCGCCAGGAGCGAUCUGGCACCAAGUGCGCCGGCGGUAAGAUCAAGGAGUUGCGCCAAAAGAAGCUCCAGAAGGUCCUGGCAGCCUACAUGAUGACACUGGAGGGAUUGCUCUGUGAGGUGGCUCGCAGGGAGGCGCGUCUCAAUGGAGAUAGGGGUCGCGUCAGUGAAUCCGAGAACCUGCCACAUCCCGAGAUGCUGGAGGAGUAUACGGUGGUCUUCUGUGCCGUGGGAGAAGAUGGUCGUGAGCUGCUGGAGGCGGCACUCUCCGCCCGCAGGUGCGCCUAUGCGCCAUACAGCAAAUUCAAAGUGGGUGCAGCUUUCCGGGCCAAGUGCGGCAGGAUCUAUUCGGGCUGCAACAUCGAGAAUGUGGCCUUUACAGGGGGCAACUGUGCGGAGCGAUGUGCUCUGGCCAAGGGAAUCAGCGAAGGCGAGAGGAAGUACACGGCUGGGGCUGUGGUUGCCUAUCAUCCGGAUCAGUUCACCACACCGUGCGGCGUCUGCCGCCAGUUCAUCCUGGAGUUUCUGCACAGGGACAUUCCCAUUUACAUUGCCAAGGCUCCGCCGCCGGAGCAGGAGCACUGUAUUCCCGCCAUCCAGGACACUGACGAGGUGCUGGUCACAUCCGCCUACCGCCUGUUGCCCUACAGCCUCAGAUCAUUUGAAUGAACUAGCUGAAUGAAUAAUCAAAAUGGGCUGUCUUUAAAUAAUUUUGGAUACAAAAAUUGCAAUACCGAUUUUAUUAAAAAGCAAUUC